UGUUGGAAACAGGGUUCGGUAACUGCCGACGCUUUGACCCCUCUCUGUCAUCCUUCGGCGUACCUAGUCAUCCUCUUCUGUCGAACCGACAACGACAGCGCGCAUUCACCAGCAUCCGCAGUAGAUAAACCAAAGGCCGUCAUGACCACGUCCGGUGCCUUCUAGGCGCUCGCGUCUAGUGUACAGUCCUCGCGACAUCCGGCUCUCGAAGGAGGAGAGUAUUCAGGCCACAUCACCCUACCGACAGCACCAUCACGAUCGCGACCGUCAGCGUUUGCGCCAACGCCAUUGCGAGGUUCGCGACAUAUCCGAGAUACGAAUCCACUUCCUGUACCGAUACUCCGAGGAUAUCCGCCCAUUUGAGGAGCUGGGGAAGAUUUGGAGAUACAUAAGCAUCCGCGCGCGGAACGGACAGCCGAUGGGCGCACACACCCGAACAUGAAGUACCUACCCCUUCGCGAUAUCGACGUUGUGGCCAAUGCGCUCAACUUUUCCACACCCGACUGCCACGUAAUAGGAGGAUGCGACAUAUACACCACAAAGGCUGCUGGAGGCGACAAGAAGUUGUACAAGAAUAUCGAAAACAGUCUGGAAUCGCAGUACGAAUCACUGGUCAGGCUGUCUGCGUCACUCAGUCCACCCUACCGGACAGCCAGUGAUGACGGGAGAAGCAGCGAGAAGAAUAGCGGCAGUCGAAGACGCGGGCGCACUGUGGAAGUACCGGAGAUCGAUUUAUCGCGCGCAUCUCCAUUUGGUCCUCUGAGCCAAAUCACAGCCCGACGGACGUUUGCGUAUCUUAUCGCGACGCUGAACGCGUCUCAUCCGGACUACGAUUUUUCACACAUGCUUCGGCCGUCGGAUUUCCGAAAGGAGCGCAGUUUGCGCUCCAUGAUGAACAACAUUGACAGCACGCUGCAGAAUCUGAGGCCGAGGCAGACUGCGGCCAUGAACCACCUCUCUCCGACCUCCUUGGCGAACUCGGCUCCAGCAGGCCCCAGCAUCGGCAACGAGAUAUGGAAUCAGGGCAUGUGGCGGCUGAUCGACAAGGAAAUGGGCCUCAGGCACUGCGAGAAGUAUUCGUACGUGCCCGAUGAUGACCCUUUUGAUGGCGAUGAGGGCGCCAUUUGGAGCAUCCAUUACUUCUUCUUCAACAAGGAGAAGAAGCGUGUGUGCUACGUGUACUUGCGCGGGUUCAGCGUGAUAUCGCACAGCCCGGUCAAUGCACCUUCGACACUCCUCCGCUCGAACUCUGUACAGCGGCAAUCGUCGAGUCUGUCGGCAGGAGAGGGAGCCGGCAAGCGUGCAUCAUAUUGGCUCGGAAACGAUCUCUUGCAACGAGACAUCGACACCACUAGCUUCGGCGAUGACGACGAUGACGAGAUGAUCGAAAACCCGCCCGGCGAUGAUGAAGUCGAGGUACCUUUCAUGGAUCUGGACGACAUUCGCAGUCAUCUCGUCGAUGGUCGAUACCGAUACACCAUUGACGAAGACGACGAAGAGGAGUACGAGGAUUCCUGGAAGGCAACACAGAACGUCCGUGGCCUCAGUGAGGAGAUACGGGAUUCGAUGGAGUUGGAUGCGUGAGAUGAAUUGCGAUUGCAGCGACUGAGAUACCACAUGCUUUAUUCAGGGGAAAGGGAGUUCG